AUGCAGCUCCUCUGGCUGUCCCUAUUGCCCUGUCUGUACCUGGCCUCCCUGUGCUCUGCAGAGCAGGGACUGGAGUUCCCCAGCUUUGACGGAAAGGACCGCGUUCUGCACAUCAACGAACGCAACUACAAGAAGGCUCUGAAGAGGUUUGACAUGCUAUGCCUACUCUACCAUGAACCGCAGCCGGCUCACAAAGGCAGGCAGAAGCAGCUUCAGAUGACUGAGCUUGUGCUGGAGCUGACUGCACAGGUCCUGGAGGACAAGGACAUUGGCUUUGGGAUGGUUGACUCUCAGAAGGAUGCCAAAGUUGCCAAGAAACUGGGUUUGGAGGAGGAGGGCAGUCUGUACAUCUUCAAGGAUGACCGUGUGAUCGAGUUUGACGGGGAACUCUCAGCAGACACCCUAGUGGAAUUCCUGCUGGAUGUGUUGGAGGACCCAGUGGAGCUCAUCAGUAAUCCUAUGGAACUGAGGGCCUUUGAGAGGAUGGAGGAAGACAUACGCCUCAUUGGUUACUUCAAGGGAGAGGACUCAUACUACAAGGCGUUCCAGGAGGCCUCCGAGCGGUUUCAGCCCUAUAUCAAGUUCUUCGCCACGUUCGACAAAGCUACGGCGAAGCACCUUUCUCUGAAGAUGAACGAGGUGAACUUCUAUGAGCCCUUCAUGGAGGAACCAGCCAUCCUCCCUGGCAGGCAACUCUCAGAGAUGGAGAUAGUGGAGUUUGUCCACCAACACAAAAGGGCGACUCUGAGAAAGUUGCGUGCAGAGGACAUGUUUGAGACAUGGGAGGAUAACCUGGAUGGGAUCCACAUUGUAGCCUUUGCUGAGGAGGAAGACCCCGAUGGUUAUGAGUUCCUGGAGAUCCUGAAAGACGUGGCCAGAGACAACACCAACAACCCUGAGCUCAGUAUAGUGUGGAUAGACCCUGAUGACUUCCCACUGCUGACCACAUACUGGGAGAAGACCUUCAAGGUGAACCUGUUUAAGCCUCAAAUUGGAGUUGUGAACGUGACAGACGCGGACAGUGUCUGGCUGGACAUGUCCAACGAUGAAGACCUGCCCACAGCUGAGGAACUGGAGGAUUGGAUCGAAGACGUGCUGUCUGGGAAGGUCAACACUGAGGAUGACGAUGAUGUGAAGGACGAUUAUGACGGGGUUGACAGGGAGGAUAGGCACCAUGGUGACGAUCACGAGGAUCAUGGUGAUGACUAUGAUGACCAUGAUGACAGUGACUAA